GCAAAUCCCUUUGCAUUUGCGUUUCCUCCGACUUGUACAGAAACCUGUCAAUCAAUGGCGGGGGUGGGCUUAUUCAAUGGGGCGUGUUUGUAUCGGGAAGUGACAUCCUUCACCGUCGACUGUAACUUAAGUAGAUACAUACAUGUGAUACAGCUAAACACAUGAGGAGUGAAGUUACAACAGUGCAGUUUUCAGGUUUUUUGUUUGGAAAUAACUCGCGCUGGAACUCUGGGCUCAGAGCGGCAUCACGUAGCAUGUGAAACUUCGGUGCAGGAUGGAUAAUCAUCACCUUCUGCAACAUUCCUCUACACAUGUUUGUUUAUGAUAUUCGUUUUCACAGUACUCCGAAGUCAAAGCGAGGACAUGACAUUUAUUGACAACACUGUGACCGUAUUUUGCAUCAUGAUUAAUACGUGUUGUAAACCAUAACAAAACAUGUUCACUUUGUAUGAAUAAACAGCAUCCUGCAUAUCAUUGUUGUUCAUUAUGCAUACAGUAUAACAAGUUAAUAAUAAAUUACAAAAGUACGUGAAUUCUACAUCUCUUUAUUUGUGUAUCAUAACAUAGUGAGACAAAGACAAACUUGUGCUCCAGUGUUUUAGUGAGUUUGCUGGACACAGAAGUAGCUGUCAUCUACAAAUUACUGGAUGGAGUUGUUGCUGUAUUUAAAAUUUAAUUUCCGAACAGCCUUUUCAACAACAUGUGCAGUAAAUGAGCCCAUCAGCUGAUGCACCAACCUGAGAAAUUCAUGUAAUUAUGAUGAAUCCACACGGCUUCAAUAUGACUUUUAUUGGUAGCUCAUUGAGAUCACCAGACCACUGUUUGUGUUCAUCUGUUUAUCGAGCCCGUUGAACUUCUUUAAAUUAUACUUGUUAAGUACCGCAAUUGUGAUUCAUUGUAAAGAUUUCUCUAUAUGAAACUUUGCAUCUGAUCCUCAUUUGUUCCAUAUUGUUAUUUUGGCUUUUAGCUGUAGCUGAAACCCUUUUAGCCACAACCAGUGUCACCUUAGCGUUGGACUGACUGACACCACUGCGACGGUGAAUGACGUCACUUCCCGAUACAAACACGCCCCAUUGAAUAAGCCCACCCCCGCCAUUGAUUGACAGGUUUCUGUACAAGUCGGAGGAAACGCAAAUGCAAAGGGAUUUGCGAUUUCAUUUGAGUUUUGGCAGGCUUAAUACGCGACACCAGAGGAAGUGAAAUGGCAUAUGGGGAAUUGCUAUUGCGAUUUAAAUUUGGCAGGGUCGUAACUCGUAAGACACGGGUAAUUCAUUUGCAAAUAGACUUUGCUUUUCCUUUUGAAAUUUGGCAGACAUUGUACGUUCGCGUAAAUGCAAAUGAAAACGGUUUGCAUUUGCGUUUGAAUUAUGUCACAAUUUUGACACGAACAAAUAGAAAACGCAUUUGCAAAUGCAGUUUGCAAUUCCUUUUUAAUAUAGUCCGCAAUAUAACUCCAUAGUAUAGUAUAAUGCAAUGUAAGUCGCUUUGGAUAAAAGCGUCUGCCAAAUGUAUAAAUGUAAAAAAUGUAAAGGCUGUCUAGAGCCCUCUGUAGGCCAUUAUAGGAAGCGCAUGUGUGUCUUCCAGCUGACGUCACCUCUUUCUGUUGAGCAGCUACAACUACCAGCUCGUCACUGACCGACGGUCGAGUCAGUCCAGUAACGCUCUGUUUAUUCCUGUUUACAAACCGUGUAUCAUUAUUUUUCCAUAUCAGCAGAAACCCAUUAACACUAUCAUAACAACGUCUCUGACGAUCCAGCUGCUUCCCUCCGUAUGCGCGGCACUUCCUGAUUUUCGGGCGAACAUGUGUUUUUAUUAUGGGAUCAGCUGAGAUGAUUGACUGAAUGAGCAAAAGCAGAGAGGGGGCAACUCUUGGAACGCUUUACUGCUGACAAUCAUUGCGGAUAAGUACAGCGUGGCGGCAGGAAGUGGACCCAGUGGAUACUAUUUUGUUUAUAAAAGCACAUCAGCUGUGAGUGUUAGCGACGUGUGUGGCUUUCUUUAGACAUUUAACAGAUACUACAUAAGCUAAGAAGGUGAUGAUAUAUCAAGGUACACAAGUAUAACGACUUUAGUCGAUGGUUACUCAUCCUGCUGGGCGAUUCCUUAUGUUUGUUUGUAUUAUUCAACUGAGGACUCGGAUAUUGCUGAAUUAAAUGCAACUUGAAUUAAUGAUAUUGUGAUAAAGGUUCGCAUCACCUCUACCUCCGUUAAACGUACGGAAUCAUCGUUUUUCUACUUGCAUUAGCUGUCAAGCUUCGGUGGAUCUGUCGCAUACACAAGGAACUGGCUGUUUUUUAUGAUUCAAUACUUGAAAUAAAAGUGUUGGGGGUUGGAAAAUGAAGAAGUUCUUUGACGCCCGACGGGAGAUGGUGAGCUCAGGGCCCGGCUCCGGUUCCAGUGCAGGAGGCGCUGCAGGGUCCGGGAGCGGCGGCACUUUUAUCGGACGGGUUUUUACUAUAGGACGGUAUCAAGUGACCGUGGAGGAGACUGUGGCUGAGGGUGGUUUUGCCAUCGUGUUUCUGGUGAGAACUCAUCAAGGCCUCCGCUGUGCAAUGAAGAGGAUGUAUGUCAACAAUGAACAGGACCUUCAAGUGUGUCAGAGGGAAAUUCAGAUUAUGAGGGACCUGGUGGGUAACAAAAACAUUGUUGGCUUCCUGGAUUCCAGUAUUACGGCAGUAGGAUCAGGGGACGUUUGGGAAGUUCUCAUACUGAUGGACUUCUGCAGAGGUGGUCAGGUUGUAAAUCUGAUGAACCAGCGCUUGCAGACUGGAUUCACUGAGCCAGAAGUGCUGCAGAUCUUCUGUGACACAUGUGAAGCCAUCACACGACUGCAUCAGUGCAAAAUUCCCAUCAUCCACCGGGACCUUAAAGUGGAGAACAUCUUGCUUCAUGACAGAGGUCAUUAUGUGUUGUGUGAUUUUGGCAGUGCCACUGACAAAGCCCAGAAUCCUCUUACAGAAGGUGUAGGAGUUGUAGAAGAGGAAAUUAAAAAGUACACUACUCUUUCAUACCGGGCCCCAGAAAUGGUGAAUCUGUAUGGGGGGAAGGUUAUCACAACUAAAGCAGAUAUAUGGGCAUUGGGCUGCUUGUUGUAUAAAUUGUGUUAUUUUACAUUGCCGUUUGGAGAGAGUCAGGUGGCCAUCUGUGACGGCAGCUUCACCAUCCCAGACAAUUCCCGCUACUCGCAUGACAUGCACUGUCUCAUCCGUUACAUGCUGGAGCCGGACGCUGACUUAAGGCCAGAUAUCUACCAAGUGUCAUAUUUUGCCUUUAAAUUUGCACGGAAAGAAUGCUCAGUACAGAAUGUCAACAAUACACCCAUUCCAGAAAAACUUCCAGAGCCAAUAAGAGCCAGCGAAGCUGUGGUCAAGAAAAGUCAAAACAAAGCCAGGCUCACUGAUCCAAUCCCCACUACGGAGACUUCCAUAGCACCACGACAACGACCCAAACCUGGCCAGGCUCAACCAAUCACAGGCAUCUUGCCUAUUCAGCCGGCUCUCACUCCUCGCAAAAGAGCCAAUGUACCUGCAGCAGCCAGCAACCAGCCAAUCAGUGUUAACAUAGCUGUACAGCCUGUUGUUCCUGGCCAGUCACAGAGCCCAGCUGUUGGACAGCAACAGGCUACACACACUCCAUCUCAACCUCAGACCACAACCCAGCACACACUUUUUGUGCAACAGCAACCUACACCUUUCUUCACUGCUCAAAAACAGCAGCAUCAUGCCACACAGGACUGGGGCUUAUCUACACAAAUGCUUGCAGCUUCCUCAAACCCAGUUUUCACACACUCCAAGCUUAAGCCUAGGGCACCACCUCCACCAAUGCAUCACACAAGUUUAACAGCAACCACACAGACAAAAACAAAGGCUACGGCCCCAGCCCCAGCCCCGCAUGCAGAAUGUUUACUGACUAACACCGUAGUUGGUGAUAUGAUUAUAUCCGGUUCUGGGACCCUACCCGCCCAUCCUAAAACCAAAGCUAUGGCACCUACAUCGCCCGCUUCCACCCUUCCUCCGCCCAAAGCCAGCUCAGAACCUCGCCCACCUCCAUCCGUUCAUUCUGAAGUGGAACUAGACCAGAUGUCUGUAGCUGGGAGUCGUGGGGAGCAUAAGGUUGGCUCUUUGACUCCUCCCUCUUCUCCUAAAACUGCUCCAAAAGGAGGGCACAGACGAAUUUUGAGUGAUGUCACACACAGUACCAUAUUUGGAGUUCCUGUUAGCAAGUCCACUCUACUCCUUCAAGCUGCGGCCGCGGAGGCCAGUCUCAACAAGUCCAAGUCAGCUAGCACCACCCCCUCUGGUUCUCCAUGCUCAUCACAGCAAAAUGUUUAUCAGCCAGGAGACACCUCAGGACCUUCGGUUCGAGUCCCAGCAUCCUGGAACCCUUUUGGCGAUGACAAUUUCUCUAAACUUACUGCCGAAGAGCUGCUUAACAAGGACUUUGCCAAACUAGAUGCUAAAACAGGGGAGAUGUCUUGUCCUGAUAAUCUGAUUUCUGGGUUGCAGUCUGUGUCUUCCAAUAAUGGCCUUCUCCAGGGAGGAGCUGUUGUGGAUUCUCUGAUUCCUGGUCUGGAUUCUCUACAGACUGAUCCAGGAUCAGCCAAAAUAACAGAAUCUUUGGUAUCUGGAGAUUCUCUUUUGGAUGGCCUUCUCUCCCACCCCUCCACUGGGGCUCAAAUACUGGCUUCAUCACCCUCGUCUCUCCUUGCCCAGUCUCUGGACCAGUUUACCCCCGCUGCUCUGAGCAGUGGACAGUCCCAUCAUGUCUCUGGUCCUGUUCACACUUUCUCCAGCAUCCAGUCCUCUGAGAGUGGUGACCAAAGCAUUGAUAACCAGUUUGACCCAAUACCAGUAAUUAUCUCCAAAACCUCCAGCAAAGGUGGUCAUUCUCACAGCAACAGUGGCAGUUCUGAGACCAGUCUGCCCACGUUGGCACGCUCCCUUCUGCUGGUGGACCAACUCAUCGACUUAUAGAGGAAACAAAGCGAGGCAGAUGAUAGAAAGGGAAGAUGUAUUUGGGGGGCAUAUCUUUAAUAUAGUGAGAGUUUAGACAUGUCAGUGAUCUUGAGUAUUCCAACUCCCCAGCCUUGUCUGUACACCUGAUCCAAGGCAUACUUUCAUAUUCAUUCCGUUUUCACAAACAUUUCAAUUUGUGUUGUCUCUUCUGCUGAUCUCAUGAUUCAUCAUUGAUAAAUCCUUUAUUCUCCAGAAUGGAAAGACAUGGCAAUGGAUUUUGUUUGACUCUAAAUCUAGUUGAGUAGUACAUUUUACUAUAAAGUAAAAAAAAUCCCAAAUUAGCUCAUACAACAACAUUUAACUUCUUUAUUGCUACAUAUUUCAUAUUUUUCAAAUAUUCAGCAAGCAAUUAAGGAGGGCAGGACAUUUAUUUUAGCCAUAAACAGUUAAUUGGAUCAUGAAUAUACAGUAAAUGGUUGAUAUUUUUAUCAUACAAUUUGUUUACGCUUCGGUUACCUUAGCAAAAAUCCUUAUUACAUUUUGUUAAAUACUUUUUAGCAUAUAAAGCACUUAAAGGGAUAGUCCACCCAAAAACUGAAAAUUCUGUCAUGAAUUUCUCAUCCUCAAGUUGUUCCAAAACUGCAUACAUUUAUUUGUUCUGUUGAACACAAAGAAACAUUUGGAGGAAUGUUAGCAACUGAGAUUUCUGGGGCACCAUUGACUACCAUAGUAGAAAAAAUAUUGUAUUAUUAUAUUAAAUUUUUUUUUUGUUCUGUUAAACACAAAAUAUAUAUUUUUAAGAAUUUAGGAAAACAAACCGUUCUGGGGCACCUUGACUGAAAUUUUUACUACCAUAGAAAUCUCAGUUGCUAACAUUCUUCCUAAUAUAUAAUUUAGCCUAUAGAGGUUUGAAACUACUUGAGGUUGAGUAAUUCAUGACAGAAUUUUCAUUUUUGGGUGGAGUAUCUCUUUAAGGCCAAUUCACACCAAGAACAAUACACCAACUAUAUCGGUAAUACGUUUUUAAAAUCAAUUUAAAUGUAAGAGGAUGGCGGAGUCCACUACACAAUGAUAAAUAUACAGAGGCACAGUAUUGUUGAAAUCACUUCCUCAGCCUUUUUAUGCAGCUGUUGAAUGAUAAACAUUGAGAGCCAAUCAAAAUCCUGUUGAAUUUGAAGGGCCUGGACAUUAAUACACUAGAAAGCUCUGACCACGUGUUCACAAGGGAAAGGAAAAAUAGAGCAGGUUAGUUAAAGAUACAGGAGGAAUACAGGGAGUUUUAUUUUCUGAAUGUUCAAAUUUUGAUGCAACUACUCAUAAUUUAGUUUGUCAGCAGAUGCAUGUGUCAGAGUGUAUGUUAUAAGAAUGGCUUUGGAUGCAUGAGAGAGCACCACUUUUGCAAACACUUGUAUUUUUGUCUGGUGUCUCGCAACAGGCUAUUGCCAUUGACAUCAACAGGUUUGCAGCAGUGUUUUCAAAUUAUGCAAACCAUGUUAAACUAAGAAAAUCAUUUCAGUUGUUUUAGAAUUUUGCUGGUGGUCUUAAACAUUUCCCUUUCUGCAUUGAUUGCAUUUUGGGCUGUCCUGCAAAAAUAGGCAUGAAAUUUAAACAUAUCAGUGCAAACAUAUUACAUUAUAAAAAGGGGGUUCUGUAAAUUGUACUUGCCUUAUUUGCAGCGUUCACUAAGGGAUCCGGAAAUCCCUCUCUUCUAUGCUUUUAAGACACUUGGAUUUCAUUCCUCUGUGUUGUCUCAUGAUUUGUUUGUUUAUCAAUCUGUUUUUUCCUCCUUCAUUUGUUAAUUUACUCCUUCUGCUUCUUUUUCUGUUGCUUGUUGCGACCAUAACCAACAGUGGCCCCAAAUAUUAUAUUGAUAUUUUAGAUAUGAUUGUCAAUGCAUGCCACUUGGUAGUGUUGUCACGGUACCAAAAUUUCAGUAGUCGGUACCAAUACCAGUAAAAUUCCAUGGUUCUCGGUACCAAUUUCGGUACCAAAGCAAAACACCAGUACAUGCUAAUUGAAACACAAUUUUAUUAAUAAAGCUCAUUGUUAAUAUAAAUGUAUAGAAAGCAAUGCCAUUUUGUAUACAUGAAGUAUAAGUUAAUUGUUGCUGAAACUGUUGUGUGCUCACUGGGGUCUUUCAUGCUGAUGAACAUCCUCCUCAGUCUGCUGCUGUAUAAGACAAAUAGAAUAAACUUCAGUAAGUCAACUGACUGAACAAACAUGCAUAUGCAAUAUUAGAACAAACCUCAGUUUUUAAUACUGCAUUUACACAAGAUUACUUACAUUAAGGUAACUAUAUUAAAAUAAUAAAUGCAACAGAUAUAUUUUUCUUUAGUUUAAAUGUGGCUUUUUAAACCUAAUAGAGUUAUCCAUCCAAGACAUACACAUUGCUAGUCAUACAGUUAGUAUGAUAGGCCUAAAUAAAAUAGGUACUGUAAACCCUAUCCUGUCCUCCCAUUUAUUUUACUCCAUUACAGUUAUUAAAGCAUUAAAUGGUUAAUAAGGACACUUGACUGGAUUAGCUUUGGCGCUAACAAAUUAACACGCAAACAGGGAUGUUUAUUUUGAUGUAACCUUUAACUUAACAUAUGAUACAACAUUCGUAAUGUAAACGCGAACAGAAUUUGAAAUUUACCGCUUGAACUUGUUAACUUAAAUCCGGAUGUUUCCUCCUUUCACAACAAAACUCUGUUCGUUUUCUUCGUGAUAUGACUUUAAUCUGAAGUAUUUCUGUGCGCAUCUCUUGUGGAUCGGAGCUGCGCUUAUCCGCUCAUCACGUCUUAUUGCGUCUAUGAAAAGUUUCGACUGACAACCUGUCAGACAGAGCAUCAGUACCCGGUUGACCCGGUACGUCGGUACUACUGGGUCUUGUGAAAAUUAGGUACCGACAACUUUUUUAUUUUUAGGUACCGGCUUGGACACGAAGUACCGGUACUUUUGACAACACUACCACUUGGUUUGAUAUUAAGUUAGACGUGCAGCUUUAAAAGCAAAAUUUUACACCGUUUUAACUGAAGACAAAAAGUGUUUGUACACUUUUAGAAGUAGCAGACUUGGCAAAUUGGUUUUCAUUUUUGAUUGAAUGUUAUUAUACUGUAUGGUAGAACUGCAGAAUCAUGUCUCUUUAUUAUUUGAGCAUUAUUGGAUGUUAGUGCUGCUUUUGACUUUUGAUAGAUAAUGGCUGUAUGCUUUAGAACUUUGUUGUCAUUAGUGGUAUGGGGUUACCAUUAGCAUUGCUGUAGAUUAUGUCAUAUAGUAUUUAUCCAAUCAUUACCAUUGCCAUAUAAAUCACAAGUGAAGUAGACUCCUCCACUUAUCUCUUUGUAUGUGCUCCUUCUGGAAGAUGUUAGCGUAAGUUUUUGCUAUGCAGAUGAUACUUGAUAACUUAAAUGAAUAACUUGAGAACACCUCACUUACUAAGUUAACGGAAAUAAUGAUAAACAGGUACUAAGGUGCAGGGGCCGGAUUCUCAAAGCAUUCUGAAGAAGAAAAUUCUUCUCAAAUGCCAUAUUUUUUCUUAAAUUCUAAUCUUAAAACAGUUUUUACAUUUUUUUUCUCAAAAUUAAUUUUAGGAAAAUCCAAAUUCUUGAAGUAAUGCAUGUAUGUGGUUGUUUUUACAUGUGAUGUGUAUUGCAUUGAGCCAGAAACUUGACAUGUACUAGCCAUAGAUUAAUUUUUAUAUUGAUAAAAUAACGAUAAGGUCUAUUAGCUGCCUUAGUUUAGCUUUCAUUAUUAAAAAAACGUGCUUUUCACAUUUAUUCUGGGACAAAGCAACUUGAAACUAAGAGGGUCACAAAUAUUAUAAAUAUAAUAUAAUAAAUCUAAUAUCUUAAUGCUUGUUAACAUUUUAGCUAACAUGCUAUCGGUAAUGUUGUUUAACACAUCACACACUAAUAUACAUGACAAUGCGAGGCAUUACUUGUUACACAAAUAAAGUUUAUUGCAUAGAUUAAGGUAAUCAUUGAGCAUAUAAUUUUUUUCUUAUAAAAAAAUAACGAUAUUCUUAAGAAAAUGUUUGAGAAUCGCAUUUAGGAACAUUCUUACGAACUUCCUCUAUUUCCUUUUAAGAACCAUGUUAAGAACAGUUUCGUUAAUCCGGCCCCAGAUUUUUUAACGCCUCCAUAUAUAAAAGAUUUGAACAUUUUUGAACAAAGAUUUGAAGUUAGCCCUUUUUAUUUGGUAUUUCAUUAGCUACUUUAAAGAGUACAUUCCUCGAGAUCCUAAAAAAUACAUUUCAUGAAGUGUUUAAUUUUGCCGUGUUUGAAUGUAAGCAAUCUGCCAAGUUGUAAAUCCGAAGGUGAACGAAUAACAAAGUUAUUAGCUUAUAAAAAAGGUAAUCGACUCUGAAUCACGCGAACAAGCCAUGACCUGUCCGAAUCUUUAACCACAAUGUACCUACGUCACUAGAAAAAUCCCCGCCUACUGACUGCGAAAACUUAACUCUCUCCUCCCCAAACACUGUACUAGCUCGUUCGUGACGUGUGCAUCAUGUCUAAGAGAAGCUGUGUUCUAUGUAGUGAAACUAAGUCAGUCUUAUUUUCACUACCAAAGGAAGAACUUCUGAGGAAAAAAUGGUUACUAUUUAUUUUUCAAACGACACCAAAGGAGUAUAAACCGAACGUUUUACUUUGCGCGCGUCAUUUUACCUAAGAUUGCGUCAUCAAUCUUGGCGCCUUUACUGCAGGAUACAUUAAACGUCUUUCCUUAAAAGAUGUUGCAAUACCAACUUUAUUUGGACCUGUAAGCUCCACCGAAUCACAACCUGUAAGUGUGACUCUUUAUUUUUGUCUUUACUUAAAAUUAAAUUUGUGUGACGUUACAUGUCUGCGUCUAGCUAACGUUACCGUUAUUUUUGGGGUUGUUACUGUUUGUUUACCUAACGUUAGCUAUAAACUCGUUGCGCUAAUGUAAGUGUUCAACCAUAUUAACUCACAAAGUCUUUAUUUCAAGAACUGCGUGGUGUACUAUAGUUAUAAUAACAUCUGAAGAUACGAACACCGUACACUGUAUGCCGUGAUAACUAACUGUUACAAGAGAAGUGUCUAAAACAGUCCUUUUUCUUACUGGCAUCUGUAUAAGGAUUAAAGAAUGAUUCGUCAGACUCGGGCUCGAACUGGUAAGGUAAAAUCGACGCCAUCUCUCUCUAUACACUGUUAAUAUCCAACCACCUGCAAACCGUAAUACAGUAGUAAUGAUAGGCGGUCCAUUUGCGACACAUGCUGAACGCGUUUGACCAAUCACAGCAGACUAGACCAUUUGACCAAUCACAGCAGACUAGACCAUCUGACCAAUCACAGCAGACUACACUAUCUGACCAAUCAGAUCAGACUACGCUGGCGGAAAGGCGGAGAUUACACAGAUGAAUCGCGGAACGAAUCAUUUGAGAGUCAGUCAAGAAGUAAGGUAAUAAAAACUGCUUAUUAUUACGAAAUAAUAGUAUUUUUACAUCAUGUAUGUACAUAAACUUGUUGUCGGACACUCCAUAAACCAAAAUAAGCCCUUGAAAAUAUUGAGGAAUGUACUCUUUAAACACUUGCCUGCCUACCACAGCCUGAUUUAGCCCAAUUUUUAUUGUAUUAGUUUGUAUACUAAGUGUUUUUAACUGUUGUUAAACAGUUUACUUUGGAAACAGAGCUGUAGGAUUAAUAUCUAAUUCAACUUUCUCCUUGUCAAAAGUUAGUGUAACAUAUUUAAUGUAAUUAACUGCCUUUUUUGGUUACAAUACACUAGGUUGUCUGAUCAGAUAUAGGCUACAUCCACUAAAAAUUCUCAUACGUUGGUUAAAAGUUAUUGUGAAAAAUGCCUCAAAAACUGAACAUGUUUCAGGGAGAGGUCUGGCAUCAUUUGUUUGCAGAAUGACACUGGUUGAUGAAUGCAGUGACAUUCAACAUUAACAUGAUGCAUGGAUUAAAGUUCUCCGUCGCUACGACGGAUUUCCGUUAAUUGCAGCGAGUCUACGACGGAUUUCCGUCAAUUGCAGGGUUCCAGCCUGUCCUUAUUGUCUUAAAUUCACUUUUCAUAAUGUUGUUAACCCUUUGACGCGUACGAUCACACCGGUGUGAUUAGAACAUCAGCGCUUUGGCUGGCGCUGAGCCAGAGACAGACUCAGUCACAUAUCACAACUACGCAGUGCUUUCAACCACAUAAUGUUUAAUUUAGACUUUCAGACAUAUACACGUGCCUACAAGCACAAAAUACAUUUAGAGAUUGUCUAUAUAGCGGCAAUAACAAUCUCCUCAAAUGUAAUUUGACGGAUGUGUUUUAUUCAGAUCAGACACGGUAUCUGCAAUGUAAGCAAUUGUUAAGAUCACUCAAUUCUUCUACCAGUUCACCAGGCACUUACGUUUGUGUUUUUAAGAGAAGUGGAUGAAUUCACGUGAUGUAAAUCCGACAGAUCUCAGACCACGGCAGAAACAAACAUGGCGGCGCCCGUAUAUAGCUCACCUAACGCGAUCAUUAUAAAAGUGUUUAAACAACAAAACACAUUCACGUGCACAUAUUUGCUAAUCGGAAUGUUAGAUAUUUCUUGACAUAGUUAACAGUUUGUGUUUUUUUUAUUAAAAGAAUGUAAAAGCAAUGCAUCAGUCAUACAGCCGCUAUGGCUCUGCGGUGUGUCACAUGAUAAGCAGUGCCGCGUCGCCAUGGAAAUGUUAAAGUAAUAGGCUGCCUUCUUAACGGUCACCUUGGAAAAGCUACUCAAACACUCUAACUAGUCACUGUAGCUUGUCAAACACUGAAAUGGGUGUCAGGUGUAGCCAAGCUUCAGGAAUAUGGUUUCUGAAGGCAGAAAAAGUGAAAAGCACUCUGGAGACAAAUACAAACAAAAUGUUUGGUCUUAAGUGGUGCUUUUAUUUUGUUCUUUUUUCUGUUAAUUAUUAAGAGGUUCAGAAAACAUUGUUUGGUAUUAUAAGAUAAAUUAAAAAAUGCACUGAAAAGUUAUAGAUGGUUGAUUAUUUGUCUAGGUAAGUAUACUUUUUUCAUAGAUUAAAAAUAGCUUUUAAAAUACGCAAACUGGCAAUACUACGUAAAGGGGUUCAAAACAUCUCCCUUUAAAACGCUAUUGGUUUCGACUGCUUAGAUAAAGUGUCUGUUAAAGGAAUAUGACUUGGCCUGAAAAAAAAUCAGUCAGAAUAAUUUUUUUCACUUUAAUCCAUGAUGACGUUGGUGCCCGGAGGGUCCGAAUACAUUUUGGGGCCACUGUAUUUGCGUCAAUAUCUUAUUGUCUGUUUCAUUGUUGUUGUUCAGUAAUAAAUUGGCCCCUUUAAAUACAUAUAAAGGGUAAUGCAAUAGUACUGCAUAUUAUGGGUAUAUUUGGCUUGUUGGUGGAUGAAUGUAAAAAGUUUAUAAAAUAUGUAUUAUUCACAUGAUAAAUAUAGUAAGAAAAAGUAUAUUGAUACGGUAAAGCACAAAUAUAUAUAUUUUUCCUUUAACAUUUGUGUUAUAUGUCUCUUGUGUGUUUCUUUUGUCUCUGGUGCUUCAAUGUCAAAGGUAUUUUGAAUUAACUUGAAUAUACCAUCAGAAAGAUGCAGGGUUCAAUAAAGUUUUAUGUAAAUGAAAAAUGUUGGUGUAGUAUGUCUGUCAAAACAUCAUACACACCGGGGCGGAGCUAGGGUUGGGCUAAGGGGGCUGAAGCCCCGAAUGUUUUCUGUAAAGCUCCAAAUGUUUUUAUUACCGUGCCCUGUACAUACCACUUACGGUCAGUUUACAUUUAGUGUCUUUUGCAUGUUCAAGUUAGUAUUUUUAUUUAGAUGCACAGCAAGCGCUCAAAUAGAGAGAGAGGCGGGCACUGCAUGCGUUUGGUGCAACACGCUCUUUGUUCAUGGCGCGACGGUGCUGAAAAUCCAUUUAUUCUUUGCCGGAUCCUUCAUGGCAAGCGCAACUCAUGGUUUCUUAGCAAUGGCAGAUGCCACAACAGUGCAAGCUCCCAAGCACUUUGAAAAAACGACAAAGAGGCGGGCUCAUUUUCCACGCGUUUUUAUAUUUGAAAUGUGUAUUCUGACACCUAUGGAUGACUCUGGGCUAAGCCCUGCAUGUCCAGUCACCUUAGAACCGACCCAGAUACACACUAUCGUUAAUUUUUAGCAUUAAAAACAGUAACACUUUACAUUAAGGUUGUAUUUGCUAACAUUAGUAAAUGCAUUAACUAACACAAACUAACAAUGAACUAUGUAGAUUUUCUGUAUUUAUUAACCCUUGUUUAUGUUAGCUAAUGCUAAUAGAGUUGUAUAUGUCAGUAUACUGUGCAUUAACUAAUGUUGCAACUUUUAAUAAAAAAAAAUGUGGUCACACUUUAUUUUAAGUUCCAGAUCUUGGUUUUAGUAAACGGCUUAGUUAACUAUAAUUUGUUGCUUGUUAAUAGUUAGUAAGGUAGUUGUUAGGUUUAGGUUUUGGGUAGGAUUAGGGAUGUAGAAUAUGGUCAUGUAGAAUAUGUGCUUUAUAAGUGCUUAUAAACAGCCAAUAUGCUAAUAAUAGGCAUGCUAAUAAGCAACUAUAGUUAAUAGUGAGAAUUGGUCCUUAUACUAAAGUGUUACCAAAAAUGUAUUAAGAAAUGUUGAAAUGAACAGAUUUUAAGAUGAAUAAAUAAAAGUUUAAUAUUUCCCUAGAAGUAUGUUUAUUGUUAGGGGUGUCAUGACAAAAACUUCUUAUAUAUAUAUAUAGGCUUUCAUUUAUGCAAAGCUACCGUUAAAACUUUUCUUUCUUUUUAUUUUUGCGAAAUAUGACCCAGACAUUUCUAUGUAAGAUUCUCCUUUUAGCCACUACAUCCUCUAAACAGUCAUCCUCAAUUGGGCGUCCGGAACCGGACCAAUUAACCAUUUAAAACUUUUGACUAUUUUGGUUGUUUAAAUUGAGCCGCACGUCUACACAAAGGAGAAUCACACGUGUUCUCAGUAACAUUUAUGUAAUUGAUAAUUUGCCGCUAUGUACUCUAAUAUCAUUAUUUAGCGCAGAACGCGCUUCAUUUUAACUCUUUCCGCUCCGCUCGCGCUGCUUCUCUCCCGCCAAAGACGCCCGUGCCUCAUGAAGAACAGCAGACACGUGCUUAUUUUAACAACAGUAGUGCAGACGCAGAGCAGGUAAAUGGACACACAACAGUAAACAAAACGCAGCAAUAUUAAAGCAUUUGUAUCCGUCAGUCUGUUUACUGUUUGCUAUAUGACGCCAACCUUUCAACCAUAGCCUAUUUGUGAUAUUUUAUGAACCAUAACGUUUUUAUCUACAUUUAGCAUCAGCAUUAUUGAUCAGCAUGUAAACAUUUGUGACCCUCUGAAAACCCAGGCUAAAGUCUCAUAAUCUAAUUGAUUAUUAGAUAAUAACAACCAUCAAAUAAUUUUUUUUUCAUUAUUCAGUCAAUAUUGAAGAUUUUUAUUUUCACAGAAUAUUCUGUAGGAUGAUUUUAUGAAAGACUUUUGCUGGGUUUUCACAAGCAGGGUCACAUUUUGUAAUGAACAACGUUCUAAUUGGAAAAUUAUUUAAAGAUAGUUGUAGUUCUGGUAUGAAUGGCAUGGAAAGGCUAAUUUAGUAAGUAACUUUGUUUUCUGUUUAUGAUGAGAGCAUUUUAAUUGUUACAUUAUAUUUGCUGAUUGCAUGUUGUCAGUAGUUUUUUUUUUACAAAUAUUAAUUAUCAGACUUCUAUUAAGAGGGCAUUCCCCUAAAGCCACAGAGCCUACAAUACAUACUGUGGAUAUCAAAAUAUAAAAUAAAUGGCCUGAUAAAAGAUCAUAUUUUUAUACAGUAUAUCCAACUGGGCUAAAUUGAUUAAAUAUUGAUUUAUUUUCAAAAAACAUAUUGUCCGGACCUCUGUUUAGAAGAAAAUAUAAAGACCGGACCUCUUAGAACUUUAAUUGAAUACCCCUGCUCUAAUAAGUCCAAUAUUUUGAAUCAUAAUCACAUAAGAUUAAAAGAAACAGUGACUGUACUGUAUGUUUGUUUCAAGUAAAUGUAAAAAGUUUGUUUUGUUCUAUUGAGACAGAGCCCAUGACGGAGCACCUCCUGAGGGUCCGGUCUAUGAGAGAUUUUUUUAUUCAUGCGUUCAUCGGGUUAUAAUCCUGAAACUGAUGUUACACUGGUGUCUAGGCAGCAGUUGUCAAACAUGUAAACACUCUCUUCUGACUCGUUGAAUUCUUGAUUCUGAUAGAUUGACAGACGCUCCCAAGUGAUGGUUAACUUUAAAUAUAAUUAAAACCAUUUGAUUAACACACUCUACCACUUAAGUUAAUUUUGGAGUUGGUAUUUUCCAUCAGAGAUUUCAUUAGGGCAUAUCAAAGCGCUCCUAAUUUUUUUAUUUUUAAGGAACUUAUAUCUUGUAGUGCUCCAGACUUUUGAUAACACCUAGAAUAACUAAAUCCACCAAAGGGGGUAGAGCUUUCUCAUAUGUAGCGCCUAAACUCUGGAAUAGCCUUCUCGAUACUAUUCCAGGGUCAGACACACUCUCCCAAUUUAAAUCUAGAUUAAAGACAUCUUUUCAGCCAAGCAUUCACUUAAUGCAAAAUAUGCUAAAUAAACCACCGGGAGACUGCAUUUAUUAGAUAUUAUUUACUAGAAUGAUCUUGCUUGUUCUAUAAACACCAUGCACUGUGCUGUGUUUUACCUUUUUUGUGUUUUUCAGUUUUUCUUAUUUUCUCCUGUAAAGCUGCUUUGGAACAAUGCACAUUGUGAAAAGCGCUAUAUAAAUAAAAUUGAAUUGAAUUGAAUAGUGUACAUCAUAGCCAUGAACCAUGAUUUGUCCCUUGCUAGUUAGAUGCAAGUUGUGUAGGCGAAGGAAUAUUUUCAUUUUAAAAAGCUUUUGAUUGGCUUUAAAAAAAAAAGAGUAGCGUAAGGUGAGUGUCAUUAAUGUUUUUGGCCCAUUCUCUGUGAAAAAUUUAUAUUUGAAAAAAUUCAUAUUGGAAUGUCUGAAGGUAAAACUUCUAUGUGCAUAGAAACAUAUACCCACCUCAUUUACAUCUCACACCGACAACAAAAAGUUCAUCCACCUCGAAGAUAGAAGGCUCUAUUAUUUCUGUAGCUCAGUUGAUAGAGCAUUGCGCAAAGGUCAUGGGUUCAUAACCAGGAACACACGUAUUGAGACAGGUUAAAGAAGCCCCACCACAACAUGAAUUUAUGAGACACAUUUUUUAUGGAAUAAUUUAUGUCAUCUCUAUAACAAAAAUAUUUUUUUCUAUUUAACAAAACUGGAAUGAACUUGCAGUUCCUUCUGUAAAAAUGGAGGGAUGAGUCGGUAUCCUUUUUUGUAAUAAUUGCUACAAAUCUCGAGCUUCAUCUUCUUGUUUUUAAGUGGGUCCAAAUACACCCAAAUUUCAUAAAAUAACACAAAACAACGACUCAUUUAAAGCUUUUAGGCACUGUAUACAUAGUUUUGUGCUUCCUCAUUUUUCUGUGUUACCAGCAUGCAUUCAAUACCUGCAGAGGUCAAACUAUAAGCUACAUCCCAUUUUUCACAUUUUUCUAUACAUUGAAUUAUUUAUACUUAAUCCGCAUAAUGAACGCCUGUCCAGUCUAUUGGGAUGUCACCGCUAAUGUUAGACAGUUUGUUUAGUGCACAUCUGUAUUAAUCCUGACUUUAAUGCUGACCUUUGCCUGCAUCUUUAAGGUAAGACCUGUCUCAUCUCUCUGCCUUUAUCUUAGUUCUUUGUGUCUUUUCUGUGAACUCCUUGUUUCCAUGGCUCUUGUGUCAUUGCAUAUUAUAACUAAAGCAUUGCUAAGCACACUAAUGUUGCCCAGUGCAAUCUCAGCUUCAACUAUUUGCAAGAACAAAAAUAUCUUUACAUAGCUGAUUUAAAAAGAAAACAAAACAUGUCCUAGUCACAUUUCACCCCAAAAUCAGAGGACAGAAACAUGUUUUUUUUUCAUGGUGGAGGUAAUGGCUUCACGCAGCGAUAUUUCACAUAUUUUCAUUUUUCCUUAAAAUAAAUAAAAAAUAAAAGUCAUCCCAAAAAAUGCUAUAAUUAUGUAUAAAUACCUUUAUAGCUGAAAUUAUUUCCUCCCUCACAUUACAGUUGAGAAAGGGUGCUCAUAAUUUUCACAAUGCAAAAUCUGUCAAUUUGAUUUUCUCACUUGUUUCUUUUGAUUUUGUGGUGAAAUAUUGCUUGGAAGUUAUCAGCAGGUUUCAGGAAAUUCUCCCUAUACCUCAUGGACAGCUUGCUGGAGUUUUCACUUCAUUUUUUUAAUGAAAUACAGUGUGGUUAUGAAAAGGUUAAUAGUGGUGGUUUGUGGAAACAAGGCUGUUGUUUGUCAGUGGUAGCUGUCAGAGUUGGAUGUGUGUGGUAUUUCUCAGUAGUUUUGUGGAUUUUACUGUAUUAGAAUGUGCUGUUCACAUUGUACAGUUGCCCUGUGUUAAUGUUCUGUGUACCAUCCUUUGCAAUAAAGAUUUUUGCCCAUUUUAUGUCUCAAAUCAAUUUGUCAUUGUUAUAAAAUGUUCUGUUAGCGUCAGUCCGAUAUCUGCUUGUUAAGUCGUGACCUAAGAAAUACAAUUUCAGCCGUUUAUGAGCACUAUUUAUUCAUAUCACACAUUUAAGCUAAACUUUUAUAAACUCUUGGUGUACACUACAGUCUCCAGGCUCAAAGAAUUUCACCUACUUUUUCAUAAUAAAUGAACCACUGUCUGGUCAUCUAAGAUUUUGGUAUGAAGAUUAAUGUUGUUUUAAAUGUUGUUUUACAGCAUAGAAUUUAAUUGGCCUUUGGCGGAAGACUUAACAAGCUGAUAUUCUCCAGACUGAUUAUUGUUCAGUAUUUGUCAUCAGUUAAUAAUACGCUAUUGUAAAAUCUUCAAACUUUAAAAAAAUAUGUCCAAAUUUUUUUGAGAGAGACAUUUGCUAUCAACUCUGUAGAUAUCAGCAUCGAUCAUUAUAAAAACUAACAUCAAUUGAAUGCUGUUAGUCUACAGGUUGGUUAAUAUACCACUGUUCCAGCAAAUCCCUUUGGUUUUCCAUCAUUCUGUAUGUUUAUAGAGUGACAAUACGGUGGCUUUUCAUCACAUUCAUUGACUGACCCUUCUAUGAAAUCACACUGAUUUAAUGUACAUGUAGU